UUGAAAUACUUCCUGUAAUUCGUUAGCAACUUCUGUGGCAACAGUAAACAUUAUGGGACAUGAGCAAUACAUGCUCUGAGCUAGAAUAUAAAUUGAUCCCUUAAAUGAGACAUGACCUAAGACAUUUACACUGGAGCAAGCGAAGGAAUUACUCAAAAUAAUUCAAGAUGAGUGGGACAGGUACUCCCAUGUUGAGUGGAGUGAAUGCUAUUCAUGUUGCCACUGUACUGGAGGACUCUGUGGAUCAGCUUGCUGUCCUUGGACGUAUUAUGCCAGCAUCUUAUGAAUUCCGACCUGAUGUUAAUGAAAUGGUGAAAGAAGAGGUCAGCCAGUUGGUAGCAGGCCAGAAAGAUCUAGAAAAUAAGUAUCAGUCUGCGCUUGUCAGGAAAUUAGAGCUGAAACACACAACAAAGAAUGCUGGAAAGUUGGCAGAGGUUGAGGAAGAUGUUCUCAGCACAGGCAGAGAUCUCAAGAACAGCCUGCAUACAUUUGGAAGAACUUUACGGCAAAACCCUGUGACUGGAGAUAAUAUUGCUAAAAUUCAAGAUGACAGGGAUUUUGUACAAUGUGUGAUGGUGAACACUAUGGACGAGCUUAUCCACAACUGCAGUUUCCAAGCCCUGCUGGAUGCAGUGCAUUCAGAAAAACAGAGAAAAGCUUCACUACAGAACACAAUACAGAAAGAGGAAAAUGGUCGGAAACGUGUCCGUCAACUUCACAAGCAACUGAGUGAUGUUAAGAAGGAAAAAGAAUUGGAGAUGCAACAGAGAAAUGAGAUGAUUGCGCAUCUUAAGGAUCAGCUUCAGGAAAUGAAGGCUAAGACCAACAUGGAGGGAAAGUACAUCAAGAAAUGUGCUGAAGUUGCUGUUACACAGACACAGAAAAGAUGCUUUCUGUCAGAGAAAGAAAUGAAAGAAGAGAUAGAGAAAUUACAGCGACAAAUAGAUGAAGAGACUAGAGCAAAUGCAGAGAUAGAAUCUUAUUUGAGGUCCCACCAUGCAUCUCAACAUAUCAUAGGACCAGAUGGAAGAGUAAUUUCUAUGGAUCUGUCAAAGAAGGUGGAGGUGUGGAUGGAGAAGUAUGAGACUGAUGUUGAGGACAAACAAAGGGAGCUGGACAUUCUCAAGGCUUCCAAGGCCAAGGAUCUUGAGAGACUGCAGGACCUUACUAAACUGUACAAAGAAUAUGAGCAAGUCGUUGUGGAGGAUCGUAUUGCCAAGGAAAAGGAAAGGCGGAGAGCAGAACAAGACAAUAUUGAGCUGAAGGCUUCCAUCAGAUUGCAAGCCUGGUGGCGGGGCAUAAUGGUGCGAAAAGGAUUCGGGCCUUACAGUAAGAAGAAGAAGAAGGGCAAGAAGGGCAAGAAGGGCAAGAAGGGCAAGAAGAAGAAGUAGAGUAAUAUGGUGUUUUCAUGAGAAGAGCAGUGUCCAAAUUAAAGACACAUGUAUAUAUGUGUACUGAAUAGGAAACAGUAUGUGUUCAUUAAUGCAAAUUGGUUAAACUGUAUUUACAAUAGUUCAAAUUCAAGAUAUGAUUUAUGAUCAUAAAUAUCAAUAAAGUUAAUUCUGUUGAUUGGUUUUGUUUAUUCAGUGUAGUGAAGCCGAUGGCUGCAUAAAUAAAAAUAGAUCAUACCCUUCCA